AUGGAGUCUUUGAAUAAUUCACUGCUUGCUAGGCUUGGUUGGAAGAUGACUUCGAAUCAAUCUCUUUCUUGGGUUGACUCUCUUAGAGGAUUGCUUAAGAAUCGGAGGCUUGUUGAAAAGGGUGCCUGUAUUAGUAUUUCUUCUGGUGUUAAUGUGAAUGUUUGGAAUUCUCCUUGGAUUCCCUUGAAGCCUAAGUUUAGUCCCACUCCAAAUGCUAACUUGGUGAAUUUUUCAACUUUUACGGUAGUUGAUCUUAUGAUUCCAGGUAGGCAGGUUCCUUCUUGUGCUGGGGUUUUUUCUAUGAAGUCUGCUUAUGAUCUUUCCUUCACUAUGGGUGGCAGGCCCUCUCAUCUCUCCUCAAAAGCUUGGUUGGUCCUUUGGGUUCUAAAACUCCAAGCUAGGUUAAAACAUCUCUUAUGGAAGGUGGCUUGGGACAUUUUGCCUUCUAGAGAUAAAAUUGGAAGACCUAUUUCUGAUUGGGUGAUAGCUCUCCUUUCUCCAGUGGCUGCUCUAGGUAUUCCUAAGGUUGAUGUGCGCAAAUUCCAGCUUUUUGCUUCCCUUACUAUGAAUUUUAUUUGGAGAGCUAGGAAUCUGUUGAUUCACGAAGGUACACAACCUUCUCCGAGUUCAGCAAUUUUUCAAAUCUCCAAUACUUUUAAUCAUCAUAAUAAUGCUUGGAGGGAUCUUGCUCUUCCUUUCGUUUGGACGCCUCCGAUAGCAGAUUUGUUAAAAGGGAAUUUUGAUGUUGCGGUGAAAGGCUUCUUUGUUGUUGCUGUAGUGGUGAUCAGUGAUGAAAAUGGUUUCAUUUUUGCAACUGCUAUUCAGAAACUAGUUUCCACGAAUGUUUUACAAGGUGAAGCUCAUGCAGCCCUUUUGGUGGUUCUUUUGGCUGCUUCUUUGGAUUUGGGUCCUCUCUCGGUGGAAAUGGAUGCUAUCCUUAUUGCAUAA